GGUAGAGCGGCACUUUUUAUUGCCAGAUUCGUUCGUUUCGUGCAAAAACGCGUCGAAUAAGUGUAUUUUUUAAUCAAAAUUUGAACUGAAUGGAGUAUUCUAUAAACCUUUACCAAAUAUCAUACUGAUAUAAGUAUAACAUUGUCUUCAAAUAUGAUAUCAACUGCUAGAGCUGUGCUUCAGGUUGAACGACAUAUAAGUUAUAAUAUUGCAGUUAAUGGGUUUCAUCAAUCUUGUGUACAAUACUUAAACCAGAGGUGGAGACAAAAACGUGGAUUAACAGCUAAUCCAAAUACUUUCGGUCUUCUAACAAAUUUACCAGAUUAUACAUUUAAAGAUGGAAGACCUACACCUCUUGGAAUAAGACAGAAAGCACGCUUAGAUAAACAACGUGGUUAUGCAGCAAAAAUUAUUAAAUUAGUAGGAGAGGUAGAUUUUGCUGUUGAAAGACAUGCUAGAAUGCAGGAAAAGAAAAAAGAAGAGAGAGAAGGAAUCCUGAAGAAUAAAUUAAAACCUAAAGGAGAUUUACUACUUCAAAUACAAGCAGAUACAAUAGAAAAGUAG